UGGUUCCAAUCUCUUUGUUUUCUGAGUAUAAGGUCAAUUUGGAUCUCUGGGUUCUCUCAAAAUUAAUUAUAAAAAAGGGGUCUUUGAAGAGAUACCACAAAGCUACAAGUAAAGGCUUUUGAAUAGGAAAUGGUUUUCAUGUGUGAGAUUUUCUUCACAGGAGGAAAGUUAGAAGAAGGAGAAUGGGAAAAAGAGAGAUAAGAAGAAGAAGAAGAAGAAGAAAAGAUCUAAUUUUUGUCUUAAAAUUCCAUAGUUGCAGAAGUGGGGAAAAAGGGGGGAUUAUUAAGCAAAGAACAAGAACUAUAAGUUUUCGUUUCAUCUUGCUUAACUACUGGGGAAAUUGGCAAUGUCUGCUACAAUAAUUAGCGAGGUUGUAUCAGCCCCAACGCAAGAAACUCAAGCAACUCCGGUGAAUGCACAAACCGAUGUCGAGUUUGCCAAUUGCGAUUGUUGUGGACUUACCGAGGACUGUACCCCGGCCUAUAUCGAAACGGUACGCCAACGGUACCAAGGGAAAUGGAUAUGUGGCCUCUGUGCUGAAGCAAUCAAAGAUGAGAUCCUAAGGACUGAAAGGCUUAUCAGUACUGAGGAAGCAAUGGUUAGGCACAUGAACUUUUGCCAAAAAUUCGUCUCCUCCGGACCGCCUCCCGAUCCUACAGUUCAUCUGAUAUCUUCUAUGAGAAAUAUUCUUCGGAAAAGUUUGGAUCCUGCAAGAGGUUUAAGAUCUAGCUCUCCGAUUAGUCCUACCGGAAAGGUCUGCAAAAUCCGAGUCCCGGUUUUACUCGGCCUGAAUAUUGUUUCACUACCAUGUCUGAUUGAUAGAGGUAUAAGAGAUGAUGGGGAGAGAAUAAAGAGCAUGGAAUGAACAUUGGGUGGAACAAAGAAAUGGAAAUCAAAAGAAAAAAAAAAUCAAAUUGUCGUUUAAGUGUAAACUUAGAAGCUUAUGUAGAUUUUAAUCUCAAAAUAUAUAUAACUUGCUCUGUUGUUUGGAAA